UCCUCUCUCGCAGACCAGCCCACUUCGGUGACACUGCGCUCUGAUUGGACGACGGGUUCGCACGUCAGCUUCUUAUUGGAUUUCCGACGGGUCAAUCACGGGCUAAUGUCAAUGACGUUGAUCGUACACUGGGUACACUGUAUCGCCUGGGUGGACAGUAUAGUUACUUCUACAUUAAAUGGAAUAAAAUGCCGAAGAUUCAUGUAAAUAGAGACGUCGCUUCAGCGUAAUUAAUUAAUGCUUCUUAAUUAAGACAAGUCACCUCUGGAGCGGGUGGUGGCAGGCCUAUUUUCGAUUUUUAUCAGCAAUAUUUCAGGGAGAGAAUUGUUGUCCUCCUCGCUGCAGCCGCUGCAAACAAGUUUGUCACUUUUUUCCCUGUUGGACAAUGAACUGAGGACCUCCUCAACCUCACACAUCUCUGCAGCCUCCACUCUUCACUCGCUGCUCAUCGGUAAAAGGAGUCGACCACGUUGCCUCAGCACACCUGGGCAGAGAAAUGCGUGUGUGCGCGUAUCCUCUGAUGCAUGACUGUGUGAGUGUUUUUGGGCUGAAGUAAGAGGUAGUAGUCUGCAUUUCGUCUCUCAACCUCAGAGAGGCACUUCUCUACUUGAGUGACUACGACGUUUGUCUCCACAACUGCAAAGCAUCAUGGGAAGGAAAAAGAUUCAGAUCCAACGGAUCACCGACGAAAGGAACAAGCAGGUGACAUUCACAAAGCGAAAGUUUGGCUUGAUGAAGAAAGCCUACGAGCUGAGUGUAUUGUGUGACUGCGAGAUUGCUCUGAUCAUCUUCAACCACGCGAACAAGCUGUUCCAGUAUGCCAGCACUGACAUGGACAAGGUCUUGCUCAAAUACACAGAGUACAACGAGCCUCAUGAGAGCCGGACCAAUGCAGAUAUCAUUGAGACUUUGAGAAAGAAAGGCUUCAACGGUUGUGACAGUCCAGAGCCGGAUGGUGAAGACUCCAUUGACCAAAGUCCCCUGAAUGAUGAGAAGUACCGUAAGACCACAGAGGACCUGGAUGUUCUCUUCAAACGCUAUGGACAGCCAACAGCUCCGCCCCAGACGUUCUCCAUGCCAGUCACAGUCCAGGCGUCCAAUCAAAGCACACUGCAAUUCAGUAACCCUGGCAACGCACUGGUAACUACCUCCUAUGUAACAUCAUCGUCGCUCACGGAUACCCACCUCCUGUCACCACAGCAACCAGCUCUUCAGAGAAAUACGGUGUCUCCUGGGUUGCCACAGCGACCAGCCAGCGCAGGUGCUCUUCUUGGAGGCGACCUGAAUAAUUCAAAUGGAGGAUGCCCAAGUCCAGUCUCUAAUGGAUACACCAGUGCCAGGGCCUCCCCAGGCCUCCUCACCGUUUCCAACGGCAACAGUCUGGGGAAAGUAGUUCCGGCCAAAUCUCCACCCCCACCUCCCAGCCCCCAGAUGGUCAACAGCCGCAAGCCAGACCUCCGAGUCAUCACCUCACAGGGCGGAAAGAGCCUCAUGCAGAUGACAGAGGAUGAGCUGGAAUUGGUAAACGAGAACGCCCAGCGGCUCGCGGCUGGAGCCCAGGUGGCACAAACGCUCACAACACCAGUGGUCUCUGUAGCCACACCGAGCCUCCUGGCACAGGGGCUGCCCUUCUCUGCCAUGCCCACAGCGUACAACACAGAAUACCAGCUGACCAGUGCAGACAUCACUGCUUUACAUGCUCUGGCAUCACCUGGUGGCUUGUUGCCAACCAGUGUGUCCACAUGGACACAGCAGCAGGCUGUUUCCCAGCAACCGCAGCAACAGCAACAACAGCAGCAACAGCAGCAAACACAGCAGCAGCAACAACAACAACAGCAGCAGCAGCAGCAACUUAAUCUUGCAUCACUCAGCAACUUGGUCAUGUGGGGCGUGGACAAACAGAGCAGCGAGCUGUCUAGCCAGGUGUCCAGUCUGGCUGCCAAUCUGAGUGUUGGCUCUCCGUCCAACCUGCUCUUGGGUAGAGAUGAGUGGUUGGGCCGGCCGGUGACCCAUAUACCUCAAGGUGCCAUGCUGACCGUCAACACAAACUCCAGCAUAAGCAUCAAGUCGGAGCCCGUCUCGCCCGGCCGGGAUCGCAGCACCCCUUGCCCUCCUCCUUCCUCCACCACACCGUCCUCAACCUCAGGAGGAGCUAUCCUGACCGCUCCGCCGCAAUACCCUGGCUCCCUGCUGUGCCUGGAACCCCCAACCGGCCGCUCGCCUGCAGACAGCGUAAGCAGCAAUGCCAGCUCCUUUGAAGGCAGCGAUCGUGAUGACACCGGCGCAGCUGGCGGCGGAGGUGCAGGUGGAGGCGGCGGUGGGGGCAGCGGCACGGCUGGCACUACAGGUCCUGCCAGCCGGUCCGUGCCACCUGACUUCAGCCCCUCGGCCGAGCUCCUCAGGGCGUCCAACGAACCAGAGCAGGAGGGAGGAAACAUUAAGCGCAUGAGAUUGGACACCUGGGUCACAUAGAGGCACCAGCACCACCUCUCUGCACCCUCUGUGAAGUUACGGUGACACUUAAAACACCCACAACACACACCCCCCACUCAUCCUUAAACACCCACUGCCCCAACCCCACUGCCAUGUGACACUAUCAUCACACAUCUGCCUCUUUCCAAAAUUAUACAACUCAGCUGCGUCACCCAGAAUCAUGAGGCUUUGCCAAAAAACCCCAUAAAAAAUAAAAAUAAAAAUCCUUCGGGGAUCACGCUCUGAGUGAGGGGAGGAUGGAUUAGUGCUCAGCUGGAUAUUUAGGCCCCUUCAAUAGAGGGACAGUAGAUUUUUAAAGCCUUCUUGCUUGAAUGGACUCCCGUAUAGUAAUUUCUUUUGGUAGAAAUGAGGUGUUCAACCUUUUUGCAAUCUGAGGAAACCAUAAAAACAUUUCUCUUUCACAUGGUUUCUGCAUCACCUUCAUGUAUUUACAUCGAGCUCUGCUACAUUGUUCACAAUGUUAUUGGUGGCUUGUCAACAUUUAUGGGACUUCUGUCGUAUGACUUGCCACUUCCUGCUCUUUGAAAUCUAUUUGGAUUGUGUGCUGUCCAUUCUUCCAUAAGUCACUUCCAAACUGCACUAUUGGAAAUAACUUUAUCUGGACACGUUUGAGGACUGAGCAUCCAUCUGGCACUGAGCAAACAGACUCAAACAAGGUCUUCUAGGUAAGGAUACUUCACCACGAAUGAAUAUUUCUGCUGCCAGAGCUACCAACCUCGUCCACCCAGGCAGGCUCGAGCCCUCAGGUGGCAACUCUGCGGCUGUGGAGUCGAGCACCUUGCCAGAGUGCCAAUAUCAACCUCUCUUUAGGAAAAACAAAAUGCCAAAUGCCUCUCGCACGCGGUGAAGGGACGCUGACGAAUGAUUACUCACGGAAAACGACGAGAACUAGAAACUGUCGAUACUCUUCAGGCUUAGAAUUCGUCGUCACUUUCUCCUCAGACUGGGUGCUCCUCCCGUCCUCUCACCUCAUCUCCUCUGCAACUUGGAUGGAAAUCGUUGCACCAGAAAUCCAGCCAGUCACUCAGCUUAUUACCAGGAGUAGAUGCCAUCCAGUUAAAAACAUAGUAUGAGUUUUUUGAGCCUCUGGUGGCUUUUUUGGGGUAGGGAAGUAUUUGGUUCUUUCAGUCAAAGUGUUCUUUAUCUGUUGGUAUUUUAAAAAUCUGUUUUGAAGGUCCGUUAGUCGUCCAGAAGUAGGAAUUCUGACUUUGUAUAAAAAUCACUCCUUAUACAAAAGCUUUGAUGUCCUCUUUAGCUCUCUCUAGCUCUCCUUAGCUCUUUGCUGUGUUUCAAAAAGUGAAAGGAAAAAGACAUUUUCUAUAUUUCUACCGCUUCAGUUGGCGACAAAGUACAAUAGCUUUUCAGCUUCAACGACGUGUAUGUACAUAUGAAUAUAUUUGCAUAGACUUUGCUAGGUAUCCCUAAAAACAAGCAAUGUGUUGAUUCUCAGUGGAUCUGUUUGCAUAUAUGAGUGUGAAUUUGAUAUGUUUUGAGCUACGGUGCAGGGGUUACGCCACACUAGGUAGUGCUGGUGGAUCGGACUUGUUUCAGUAAACCUAUUUUAUGCUAGUGUUGAUGGUGUGUGCACUUUCUGUCUCUCACUCACAGAGGCCUGCCUGGUUGUGGUGUCAUCAUAUUCUCCUACCACACAUUUUUUAAACCCACGAUCAAAGUAAAAGUAAAAACGUCCACCUUAUCUUGAAGUCAUUAUUAGGACACUGCCAUUCACUUAUAGUGUACUUAAAGAGAUAAUACACAUAUUUUACGCAUAUUUUGAUUGACAGAAUCAUGUUAAAUCUUUUCCACAGUACGCAGACACAGAUUAUGCCUUUUUUCACUUUCAAAGUAAGUCAACGAAUUGGCUACCAAGUGCUGUGUUUGUUGUUUAAUUGUAUAUUUUCUAGUGCAAAUUAGAUUUGUCUGAACCAUUUCAAGUUUGUGUAUGAGUGUGUGUACACAGGUUGUUUAUGCCUACAAGUAGAAAGUCUCUAAUAAUUGCUAGACUUUUUUUUUUUUCCCCCCCUUCAAGUUGAUGCUCUAAGACUUGUGUGUGUCAGCUGCUGUUUGACUGUUGAUUAUCUAAGCAAUCCUACACUUUUGAGUCAGUGUCGGCUGCUUUAUGAAAUGAUGCCGUUAGGUGCAAUUAGUUGCAGCCCGCAGUAAAAAAGUGUGAAACUGAUGUUUGACACGGACGCUGUGGGCAGUGCCCGGAAAAAACCAUCACCGUGCUGUGUGACCUUUUCACAUGAACACACGUUUCAUGCCAGUGUUUUUGAUGUUUUCUGUGAUCAGGUCAUUUUUCCGUCCCUCAUUCGACAGCAUGGCGGGUAGCUUUUUACGCUAAUUUCAGGUUAUUAGUGUUUUCUUCUUUCAAAUCAGCACUGGAAAACUAUUUAACCGACGCUUUCAAUAGACCCAUGUUGGAGAAAAUUUGCCUCAUAAAUUGUUAAACGGAUAGUUUUGGGAAACUCACUUUCUUCCCAGAGUUUGAUGAGAAGAUUUAUACCUUUCAUAUGUGUGCAGUUAAUUUGAAGCUGCAGCCAGCAGAUAGUUAUCCCAGCAGGAAACGAGUAAAAGGCUCUUUCCAGUGGUAAAGAACCCAGCUAUCAGCCCCUCUGAAGCUCACCUCUAAUGCUGUGUUCACGUUAUAUCGCUAAGAUGGUAAUUACUAACAAUCAAGUUGGAGUUAGAAGCCAAGCCAAGCCAUCUAAAUUAAGCACAAAUUGUAAGUGAAUUUCCAAAGAUUUAGCAAAUUAAGAUCUGAACUAAAGUGUAUUUCCAUCCACUACUGUUGUACAAAUAUAAGGAGUUGGGCUAGUGGAAAUAAACAGCUAGUGGCAAUAAAUUUAGGCUAUUUAAAUGAUACAGCAACAAGGUUAACAGCAGGGUUUUAUCCAUCUUGUAAUGUAUGAACACUCUUCGACUUUCCAUUCAGCAGACAUUGUGUGAACGCAGCAUAAAGCUCAGAAUACAAAGUUACAGCGGCUGGCCAAGAGGUAGUAACACCACAAAUUCAGUCAUUUUUAUAUUUCAAUUUUUGUACCGAUCAAACAAGCGAUACAGUGUGGGUUUUUUUAAGCUUUAUAACGUGCUCGUCGGCAGAGUUUGAUAAUAGUGGACAAAGCCAGACUAACUUUCUCACCGAGAUAACCACCUGCUGGCUGUAGCUUCAUAUUCAAAUGGGCAGACACGAGGAUGGUAACAAUCAUCUCAUCCAACUCUUAGCAAUAAAGUGAAUAAGUAUGUGUCUCAGAAUCUCAAACUAUUCCUUUAACUGAUGAAUGGUACCAGCCCUCAGACAGCCAAUGAUCUCCUCUUGUACUACGCAGUCAUUUCAACUUUUACAAAAAUUAAUAUCCAUGGAAACCGUUUGUGGGCGCUGAUGGUUGACUGAAAUGUGACACCACACCGAUUGGCUUUGGCUUCCUGCCUCUCGCAGGUUUGUUCAUGUACAAAAAAGGUUUUCUGUCCAAUCUAGCAGUGUAGUCACAUGACAAUCUAUAUGAGAAAUUAAAACCUGCACCCUGUUACUUGUUGUGUACAAUGUUUUUUAGAAUCUCACUAUUUUUGGAUUAAUUUGUGCUGGUGACAGUUCCAUUGUCUAUUAUUAUAAUGAUAUUAUUAUGGAGCUUUUAUUUUAUUGCUAUUUUGUGUAGGAUAGCCAACUGUUUUUAUUUUCUCUCUAUUACUUUACCUUCCUUAUCAUAAACAUAUAGUACUGGUUUCCUUUUUUGAAAAAACUUGCUGAAAAUUGCACGAUCAGUUAUUGUGGUAUUAGCAAAUGCAAUGAAGGAAAUACCAGUUAAAUGCUGCAAUUUUAAUUAAGAUAUAGAAUAUAUUUAUAAAAACGGGCAACUAAACUGAAAUUAGUAAUUCAUGAAAUUUGAAAAAUGUAAAUGCAUGGGAUACAGGUAACAACAAAAGUUAUGUUACAUACAGUAAUGAUAAAGGACAUGCAUCACAAAUGAGUUUUAAAACAACUCAGAAUAAUGUAGCAUAUGAAAUACUAAAGAUGAAAUUUAUAGCUAAUAUAUUGUGUUGAGCUAGUUUGCUUUGGGUUUUUAUUGUAAAGAAAAUAUUUCUUUGGUUGUUUUUUGAGAAUGAUAUACAAUUUGUGUAUAUUUUCAUAUACAAAGUAUGCACUGAUAUGUUAUUGAAAUUCUAUACCGCUUUUACAAAAAAGUGUUUGUUGUACCAAAGUAUCCAAGUCCCUUGAAACCUUAUCCUUUUUGCGUAUGUUUUACCGUAUUUUAUAUAUUAAAUAGACAAAUUGAGUGAAAUAAA